AAGUAGAGCUUUCUCAGCUACACCCAAGUCGUGAUUAGACGUUUAACUGGAACAACAUGGAGUUAAGGAAGGAAAACCCGGAGAAAUAUUACACCUUUCGCGAGGAAAUUGGAAGGGGAAAGUACGCCGUUGUCAAAUCCUGCUCAGAUAAGAAAACAAGGAAACAGCUGGUGGCCAAACUGAUCAAGUACGAUCAAGAAACCGAGAAGAACACGAAACAGGAAUUUGAUAUAAUGAAAACUUUUAAGCACGACAAACUGCUGACAGUUAAGGAUGGAUUUAUUGUUCAAAAAUACGUGGUCAUUUUAAUGGAUCGGGUCGAGGGAGAAGAAGUACUUGAAUUCCUUGGAGACAAAAGUAAAGCGACCGAGGAGGACGCAUCUCUGGUCAUCGCUCAACUUGUAGAGGCUCUCUGCUAUCUACACAGACAGAACGUAGUACAUCUGGAUAUAAGGCCUGCGAACCUUUUCGUGUCCAAAGAUUUCAAACUGACAUUAAUCGAUUACGGAAAUGCAAGGCAGCUCCAGUACCCCGAUGGUCAGCUAGUCGACGCGGUCGGAGUCACGGAGUUUACAGCACCCGAGGUACUCAACUUUGAAAUGACCCACUGGGGGGCUGACAUGUGGAGCGUGGGAGUGCUCUUGUACAUAUUUUUGAGUGCUACGGUGCCAUUUACUGUAGAAGACACCGGAAGUGAUGAAGAUAUCGACGAGAAAGUUGCUGCAAAAGUCAGAACGGCGGCUUUCGAAAUGCCAUCCACCUUGUUUCGAAACGCUACGCAAGAAGCUGAAAACCUCAUCAAGAAACUUCUAGUUAGACAGCCUGAGAGACGACCGACUGCGGAAGCUUGUUUGGACGAUCCUUGGCUUUCACCCAUUCUUACCCAGAAAAGGAAGGCUUCGGAGAUACCAGCUCCUAAAUUCAAGGCUCUGAACGAACAGCUUAAACAAGCGGAGGAAGAUGAGCUGGUCGUUGCUUCGUGUGUUCUUCGCUCUUUUGACGAAGAUGCCUACGACUCUCCCGAUGAAGAGGACGAAUGAAACGGCUUUCUCCUAAAACAAACUUGAACUGCUGGAUUUAUUAUUCUACAAACGAAACAUUAGAGAAUUACUUUCAAACGAGGAAAAAGAACUUUACAGCCUCCGUUCCCCUUGACCAGCGGCUAGUUGAAAAAUGAUCGCUGGACAGGGAUAACCAGGUCGCCACAUCAUGAAAUUGAAAAAUAAUUUUAUACCGAGAGAUUAUUAUUAGUAUAGGCAGGUUUCCUUUGUAUUUGUUUCAAAUGGUUCAGAGUCGAAAAGUUUAGCAUUUUACCAAUGAAAUAAUAGAAAAAAACUUGCAAAUCGAGUUUGUCAGCAGCUUGACGAGGCUUAAUUUCUUAGCUCAGGGGAUUAUUAGGUACACCUCUUCUCUUAAAGGCGACAAUUUGUGUAACCUGUAAAGGAACAAUUCCAAUUCCAAUUGUGCCUGCAGGGAAUCAUGGUAGUUACACUCAUCCGCCAUAACUCUGAAAUUUAAAACGCGCUGGUUUCCAAACG